AUGUUGUUUUCAUCUGCCGGUGCCCUCGCAGCCGCGACAUUAUCCUUCGCUGUUUCCUCCAUCAGUGCUAAGCCAGUACGAAUCCCUGGACUACUCUACUCUCGACAACUCGACGGAUUUGACCCAGACCAAAUCCCAUCAUCGUGCCUUGCAGGCUCGUGCGCCGACUAUUUGGCUGCAAUCGGACAACAAAACUGCAUGGAUCUAGAGUGCAUAUGCACAGCACAAGUGGCUAAAACACUCGAUGCCUGUCAGCAAUGUCUCGUUGAUGCAAAUAUUCCUGGUUUAACACAGUCGGAUAUUGACCAAGCCGUUAAAGACUUUGUGGAUGGCUGCAGCGACGCUGGCCACCCUAUCUCCGGCGUCGGUGGGGGCUCCGGAAGCAAUACUUCCCUUGGAGGCAGUGGAAGCACUGCCACCAGUCGUACUAGCACCUCUACAAAAACUGCAACUUCGCCUACUGCCACCAAUCCGGGUGGUGGAAGCGGUCCGUCAACAGGUACAAACCCAGAUACCGACAACGACAACGGCAACGGUGGCAACACUAAUGGACCCCAAACAAAUCCCUUUAAUGGAGCCGUUGAUAAAACUAUGAACAUCGCCCUUGUAACUCUCCUUUGGGUAGGGCUCGGGAUGGUGGUCAUUGCUUAG